AUGAGUCCUCGGCUGUCGAGCGAUGAGAGCGGUCUUCAGCUGACGGUGAAAACGCUCGACCAGGCCGUUUGCAACAAAGUGGUAGGCUGUGGUCCGCAGAUGGUGAACGCGGAGGAGUGCCACGAGUCGCUUGAAGAGGGUGUAGAGGCCGCAGGUCGGCGCCACCGCUGUCUGCCUGUCUACUUCUCUCCGCGACAAGCCACAACUGGUGACCCGAACGUGAUCCCGAAGGGAAACGGGUGCGGGUCACAACUGGUGACCCGAACAAUGGACAUUCCCCCCGACGCUCCUUUGGAGCCACCGCCGCCCCGUUCCGCUCAGCUUAUCGAGAAUCCCUCCGUCGGCACGGUUGGCGUUGAAGUUCACUUGCCCCCUUUUUGGACAAAGAACCCUCGGGCAUGGUUCCUACAAAUCGAAGCCCGAUUUGCUCUUCGUCGCAUCACCUCGCCGCUUACCAAGUACUUAAACGUCGUGUCUGCUCUUCCUCCGGAUAUCGCUGAUCAAGUGCAUUAUCUCCUGGCCGCCCCUCCGCCCGAUAAUCCUUACGAGCAACUCAAAGAAGCCAUUCUAACCCGCACCGAGUGCUCAGAACAGUCGCGCAUUCGCCAACUGCUCUCCGGUGAGGAAUUGGGCGACCGCAGACCGUCGCAGCUCCUCCAUCGCAUGCGGCAGCUGCUUGGCAGCGCAGCCGACACUCAGCUUCCAAUAUUGAGGGAGCUUUUCCUCCAGAGGCUACCACAGCAAGUGCGCAUGGCGCUAGCGGGCUCAGAAGAGGUUUCCCUUGAGCACCUCGCUCAGCUUGCGGACAGGAUUAUCGAGCAUUCCUCACCAUCUAUCGCGCCUGUCUCCCGUGCAACUCCCGCUACUUCUUCCUGCGCCGCUGACGAUGUUAUUGCAUCGCUGCAAGAACAAGUCGCACGACUGUCGGAUGCCGUCGAGACGCCCGUCCAGCGGUAUUUGCUGGUAUCAUCAAAAAUACGGCGACAACGCGUUCAAAUGCACACGGCCUUGCUCUUGGUCGGGAAAUGCGGAGGCCGGUCGAUAGUGGCGGCCUACGACUCCGGCCCUCCAGGAAGCCGCCUGUUCUUUGUCACCGACCGAAUUGCGAAGUACCGCUUCUUAGUGGACACCGGAGCUGAGGUCAGUAUUGUACCUCCCACGCGAUCUGACCGCGCCCGUGGACCGUCCACUUCGAAACUCCAGGCUGUCAACGCUUCCCAGGUCUCGACAUUCGGCCUGCGUUCCCUCGCCAUCGACAUAGGACUUAGGCGCCUCUUUCAAUGGGUGUUCGUCAUAGCCGAUGUCCCCUACCCCAUCCUGGGGGCCGACUUUCUUCACCACUUCGGACUUGACAUCAGCAUUUCCCGCAAGAAGCUCGCUGACUCGACAACUGGCCUUACAAUCUCCGGCGUGCCUUCCACCCACCCAAGUAUGGGCAACCGCACUGUGGUCCCCACCUGCUCCUACGCUGAGCUGUUGCUCGACUUUCCGGCCAUCACGAAGCCCUGCAACUUGGCCAUUCCCCCUAAGCACGCCGUCUUGCACCAUAUCAUCACCACUGGUCCGCCGGUAACUGCCCGACCACACCGUCUCGUUGGCGAGCGGCUGAAUAUAGCACGUCGGGAGUUUGACCACAUGUUGCAGCUUGGGCUGAUUCGACCCUCUUCCAGCCCCUGGUCAUCCCCACUGCACAUGGUCCCGAAAGCCUCCGGAGACUGGCGCCCGUGCGGCGACUACAGAGCCCUUAAUACCGCCACCGUACCGGACCAGUAUCCGCUUCCACACAUUCAUGACUUCACCCUCGACCUCGCCGGCGCGACCACCUUCAGCAAAAUUGAUUUGGUAAAGGCCUACCAUCAAAUCCCUGUGGUACCGGAAGACAUUCCAAAGACAGCUAUCAUUACGCCGUUUGGCCUUUUUGAAUUCGUGCGCAUGCCAUUUGGGCUACGUAAUGCGGCCCAAUCCUUUCAAAGGUUUAUGAACGCAGUGGUGCGGGGUCUCCCGUUUGUCUUCGUUUACCUCGACGACAUACUGGUUGCUAGCAAGACCCCGGAAGAACACAAGCACCACCUUCGUCAACUUUUCCAAAGGCUGGACGAGAUGGCUUAG